CAUAUUAUUCCUUCUGAUAAGGAUAGAAAAGGAAAAGAAUAUUGUAAAUGGCACAAUUCAUUUAGGCAUAAUACUAACAACUGUGUUACAUUCCGAAAUUGUGUGCAGGACUUGAUCCAGAAGGGACUGUUGCAGUAUGCUAAAGGCGACAAGGAUCCCAUGGGAAUUGAAUCCAAUCCUUUUCCCAAGAUUGAAGUGAACAUGGUGACGGCCGGCCUAGCCAAAAGGCUAGGUUCCAAUGUGACGAAACAAAAGCAGGGGGAGGAGGAUCACAUGCAGACUGAAGAAGAGUCAGCAAAGUCUCAUACCUCUAGAUUCCCAAACGACUACCUCUGCAUUAGGUGUGGGCAUGAAGUCCAGUAUGGGGAAGCAAUUAUAGCAGAAAAAGAUCAGAGAAGUGCAUUCUCCAAGUCCGGACUGAGGUUCAACACAAUGGGAGGAAAUGACCUUCAAAUUUAUGUGGGAGCCAAACUGAUUUAUGAAGGUAUAGAUCCGGGGCUCUUUAACAGAAUAGAGUCAGAGCAUUGCUAUGGGCCAGAUGAUGGACCAUUUUUAUUCAGGGGACAUCCAGUCGUGCCUGCAAGGCCUGGGGUGCCUUCUUGCCAAGAUCUUGAGGCGGCGGGGUACCAAUUUCCUAAUCAGAGGAGAUACCCUAGUCAAAGGGGUGUUGGUUUCAGAAGAGAUACUGGACCACGAGGUAGAGGACCUUAUGGACGUGGAUGGCACCAACCUAGGAUGGUAAUGCCACCCAAUAAUGAUCACGAGGAAUGGAGCACGCUUAGCCAUCCAAAGUUCCCAGCAGAGGGUUGGUACACUAAGGUAUCCAGUUCACAGAAAAGAAGGCUUCAAAGGAAGUUUGCAGCCAGGGCUUAUGGUGACCCAUGGGACCAUGUGUUCGAACCAAGAGAGAGAUUGGAACCAUCAAAGGUUCCAAACAUGGUAUGGACCCGGGAUCAAGGAGAAACUAGUGGCCCAAAGCAGAUAAUUCAAAAGCAUGGGGGGCAAGAGAGUAGUGCUACAGAUCCUCCCCAGUCGACUGCCCAACUGAAGGGUAAAAAAGAAUUGAAGCAGAGCUUAAAGAAGAAAAUGGAGGAAUUCCAGAAGCUCAUGGAGGCAGAUGAUGAUGAUGAUCUCUUUGACGAAGGGUCAGAACAGGAAGACCUGAUCAAAGAUGCGUCACCGUCUCCACAGAGAUCUGCAACAUUUGGAGAAAGCCUGGCCGCAAUCCAAUUCGGGCCUUGAUCUUUCUAAAGCAAGAAGAAGCAGCGGGAAUGGAGGUCUUUUGGGCAGACCGACAUCCAUUCAAAGCAGAGACUAACAACGUAGAAGCAGAUCUCUACAACGAACAUUUGUGGCCAACAAGAAUAGAAGACUCAGAAGUCAGAUCUAAUCAAGUUGGAGUAACUGAGAGCCAAUUCCUCAAAUACAUCAAGGAAGGGUUCCAGGAGCUGAGCAAAGAUUUUAUCAGGCCUAACAUUAUUUCAAGGCCUGCCAAGAUUGAUCAACAAGUUUUUAAUGUUUAGAAACCUAUUGAACACAGGGUGUGAAGAUUUGGCUACUGUGAAAGCCACUUUUAAAAGGUUGUUUUCUUUUCUUGUUGACAGAAAAUUGCAGGCAGAUGAGCCUAUUUCUUGUAAUUGGGCUGAGUGUGUUUUUGAUGAUAGCCCUCUAAACAUGAAAGAGUUAGGAUUAGCAGACCUGAAACCAGCACCAGCUAAGCUAGAUGAUGACGGGGCCCAAGUAAAGGAUCCCACAGAAGAAGUCAACUUGGGAACUCCAGAAGAUCCUAAGAUCACAUAUGUAAAUGCUGCUUUGCCUAUUGAAAUAAAGGAAAAGUUU